UGCUGGGUUGAGGAAAUUGAUGACGGGGAAGCAUGCGGGCAACCCAGUGUAUAAAACACAUAAACGUGUAGGCAGAGGCUCAGCUACCACUUUGGACGGCUGCUUCCCACCAGCAAAGACCACGCCGAGCCUAAGCCCCUGGGAAACAUGAGGAACCUCUUGCUGCUGGCCACGCUCCUGGUACCUGCGCACCAGGCGACGGCCUGGAGCACCAAGUACGCAGUGGAUUGUCCGGAUCGCUGUGACAGCAGCCAGUGCAAAAUCAGCCUGCGCUGUAAGAGGACGGUGCUGGACGACUGUGGCUGCUGCCGCGUGUGCGCUGCGGGGCUGGGAGAAACCUGCUACCGCACGGUCUCGGGCAUGGACGGCGUGAAGUGUGGCCCCGGGCUGAGAUGUCAGUUUUACAGUGAGGAGGAUGAUUUUGGUGACGAGUUUGGUAUCUGCAAAGACUGUCCCUACGGGACCUUCGGGAUGGAAUGCAAAGAGACCUGCAACUGUCAGUCAGGCAUAUGUGACAGGGUGACAGGCAGAUGUCUGAAAUUUCCCUUCUUCCAGUAUCCAGUAACCAAGACUUCCAACAGAUUUGUACCUCACACAGAGCAUGACAUGGCAUCUGGAGAUGGCAACGCCGUGAGAGAAGAACACAUGAAAGAGAAGACAUCUCGUUCUCCUGUAACAAAAUGGUUGACUCCUCGCUGAUCCUGCAUGGGAUUUCCAAAAGAAGGCUCUGUUUUCAUGAUCAUUCAAUGCAGCCAGUAUUUUAGGAACAGUCUAGAUGAUUGCAUAUGGACUUGUAAUUUUUGGACACCAAGUAUGAGUCAGGUACAGGAAAAAAUAAAGGCUACUAACGAUCCAUAAAAUUCCAUAUGACUCCACACUUUUAGAAUCUUGUUUGUUAAAUAUUUGAAUGCAUAUAAAUUUGUUAAACAUGUCUUAAUAGCAAUUUUGAGGAGAUAAACAUGAAAUUUAGACAAAUUAGACAUGGAAGUAGGUCAAUCAAAGAGGAAGCUAGCCAAAGUAAUAAAGCACAGUGAGUCCAUGGUUCUGGGCUCAGAUGUACUUUAAUGUUAGAAAUACAGGAUGGAGGAAAAGUUAGGAGCAAGUAAAGGUGGGAUAGGUGUGGGGAGUGUAAUAUUUAGUUCUUCCUUGUGCUAGCUUCAAGAGAAUUUAAUUGUGUUUUAUCUUUACUGUGUGAAAAGUCAAAACAAAACAAUCCCCAAAGGAAGUGGGGUGUUUGAAGCUCAUGGGAGUUUGAGUAGCAAACUUGAAUGGGCAGGUUUGAAAGGGCUGCUAAUGUAGUUCCCAGGUUACCUGUGAUGGAAGGAUAGUUCUGGGACAGGGGGCAAAUAUACACUUCCAUACAUGGUUUUAAAAACAUUCCAUUUCAAAGAGAAUUGGUUAAGUAUUUUGCCCACUUGGGGGAGGUGUGAAGCUAAAUAUUUAUAUAUUUUUGUAAACAAAUAUGUUAGUACGAAUCAUCCUCCAUACCCAUAUUUAUCACCUUCAGAGACAUGAGUAUCGUGUUGUUUAAAAUGUUAGAAUAAAGUUGUAACUAAACCCAAGGCAUAGUAAAUUUAUGACUAAUAAUAAUAGUAUUAUCAACAGUAACGAGCGUUAGAGAAGCCUAGAAAAACUUAGUCACAUGAAUUUUAAAAAUACCAAUAAAUAAACAAUAGAGGGAUUUACUAAAAGUAAGUACCAUGACUUAGAUGAACUUUAAAUUUAAAGUAUAAAAUACUGUUUUAGGAAAUUUGGAAAAGAAGAGUCAAUUUUCAGAAGGAAAUAUCAACUUUAAAGUAUAUUCAUUUUUCACAUUUUUCCUUUUAACUUGGUUGCUAAGUGGGAUUAAGAUUAUACUUGGGAGGAUCUUAGCACAAAUAGGACAGUUGUAGUAGUUUUUGUAGGAAGUAUUUUAUUUGGAAUGAAGAAUUAUUUAAGAGCUAUUUCACUAUUUACCUAUAUUUUAUUCUUGAAGUUGCCAGCAGAGUUGUGAAUCUGUAUGUGGGAGGAUCUUUGAAUGUAAGCUAAAUAAGCUGAAAGGACAAGUUUA